AUGGGAAAUUACAAAUUUAUCAUAUUGAUAAUUUGCUUAUUUAUCACUAUUUGCUGCAUUCCAACACUCAAUUUUUCUAAGAAAAGAAUUUCAUGGAAUCGAGUACAAACAAUUGCACAUCAAAUGAAUAUAUAUAAUAAUUUGGAACCUAACGAUCCAGAACGGAUCAUCUUUGAGCAAAUUUGUGAUGGACAUUCAUUGAUUUCACUUGGCGCUUGUAGCAAUGCUUAUAUUCGAUGUUUCUAUAAUUCAACUGGUCAUUCCAUAUUGGCUAUUCUUGAAGAAUGUCCAAUUGGAAAAAUUUUUAAUGGAGCAUUUUGUGAAAUUCCACGAAAUAAUUGUAUAAACAUAUGGAGCCAACGAAUGGGAAAAAUUAAUUCUGAAACAGAAAUGCUUUUUGAGGAAAUGAAUUUCUGUUACGAUGGUGGUUCUGGAAUAUAUAUGUUUCCAAAGAUUAUAUGCUCUCGACAAGCAUAUGUCUGCAAAAAUCAAAACGAAGGAUUUGCAAUCACAUGUCUACCAGGAAUGAUAAUGUUAAGACGACCAUUCGGUUGCUUUGUUUAUCCUCCAAGUUGUGCAUCCGAUAAAAUUUCAAUGAAACAAUCUGCUCCUCUAAGACAACAUGCCAUUGAAAUGUACUGUGAUCAGCAAUACUUUACAAAACGGAAUAACAGAGUAAUGAUGCUUCCGAAGAUACAAUGCACCAGUUGGUAUGUUGGAUGUGGCAAAUUAAUUAAAGAUAUUAUUUAUUGUGAAAAUGGAUUCAUUUAUGAUGUAAAAUUGCGAAAAUGUAGACAACGAAACAACAAAGAUCAUUGCAUAAUGCCAGAUUUAUGCAAAAAUCGAAAAUGGCGAACGAUAUCGUUGGGUAAUUGUGACAGACAAUUCGUAUAUUGUCGAGACCAAGUACCAGAGAAAUUCGUUUGCUCCGAAGGUUUCAUCUUCUUUAACGAUCGCUGCGUACCAAUGUAUCAGACUAGUAGUGAGUGCUGGAAGUGUCAAAAUGGCCAGAAACGACAUACCUCACUUCAUUCAUGCAAUGAAUAUUCUGUUUGUCAGAAUGGUCAUUGGGAGGACCGUACCUGCCCGACUGGAAUGAUCUAUUUUGAAGCUAAUCAAAUGUGUCAAGCAGAUCCAUCCUGUGCUCAUCCAUUUAAAUGUAAAGUAGGCACGUCGUUUCAAUUGAAAUGCAACGAAUAUUUGAUCUGUUCGUCGAAUGGUAUCGUUGAGCAUCGUUUCUGUCCACCAUUUUAUCGAUGGGACAAUCGAGCGCUAUUGUGCAUUCCCGAUAACAAUUGCUUAUCUUCAUCGAAUAAACCAUGUAGAGAGGGCGCAGUUAUUGACAGUUUUGAUUGUAAAUUUUAUUAUCAAUGUUCUGGUGGCAAAUGGCAUAAAAUGUCAUGUGUGGCGUAUCCGGCUGCAGAAUUGUGUAAAGUAUGCCGCCAUCAUAGUGACAAUGUCGCAUGGCAAGCGGAAGAGAGAUGUGACGAAGGUGAUACGGUAGCUAAUCCGCAAGACUGCAGAAAUUAUGCGAUAUGCAACGGAAGGAGGUGGACGACAUUCAAGCGUGUAGAAUGCAAUCAUGGACAGUAUUUGAUUGGUGAUAUAUGCAAUGAAUAUUUGAAAUGUCUGCAAGGCUCUUGGAUAACAAUGAAAUGCCUCCCGGGAUAUGCUUUUGACGUAAUUACGAAGAAGUGUGUUAUUUCGAAUGAAUGCUUAUCAUCGAACAAUAAUAAUUAUCUAAGUGUAAUAGACAACGAUAUUACUGAUCCACCAGUAUCACUUUUUCAAUUAGAAACAAAGUUGGAAGAGAAUCAACAGCUACAUAGGCCUUGUCAGUUUGGUAGUAAAAUUCGUAAUGAAUAUGACUGUAAUCGAUAUUUUGAAUGUACAAUGGAUGAAUAUAAGGAUCGAUAUUGUAAUGGUAAUCAUGAAUUUAAUGAUGAAAGUGGAAAAUGUGAAAGAGAAUAUCAUUGUGAUUUAUCACGUUGUCGUAAUGGAAGAAUAAUUGAAAGUGAAAUAUGUGGUCAUUAUCAAAUUUGUGUCAAUGGUACAUGGCAGAGGAAAGUAUGUGAAAAUAAUCGACAAUUCAUUGAUGGAUAUUGUCAAACAGUACAUUGUAACAAUGAUAAUAAUGCUAUCUUAUCAGCACUAUCGUCAUCAUGCAAAGAGGGUAGUGUCCUGGCUGAUAAUAUCAACUGUAAGCGUUACUUUAUAUGUAGACAGGGUCGAUUUCAACAGCAAUUUUGCUGGAAUGGUGCAACAUUUGAUAAAAAGCGUGGCUAUUGCGUACGAGAUACAAUUUGCAUGUCAGAAGGAAGCUGCAUUGAAGAUACUAUACAGGCUGAUAAACAGGACCGCACUGCUUAUCAAAUUUGCAGUGAUGCAAAAGAAGAAUGUGAAAGAGAUAAUGUUAUUGAUGGCGAAAGGUACGAAACUUGCAAGGAAAGCGGUGGUCCUACUGGUUAUAGAGCAGACCCAAACGACUGUCACAAAUUUUACCAAUGUGCUCAUGGGAAAUGGGUCUCCAAAGCUUGUCCAGAUAAAUUAUACUGGAAUAUGGAAAAAACGACAUGCGACUGGCUUCCUGGUGAUGACUCCUGCAAAAAUCGUAUUACUCAUGUCUUACUAAAAAAAAAAUCGUAUUUAGAUUUUUUCUGGACGGCUUUCCCUACAGAAAGAAGCAAGGAAGUGAUGCACAGGAUGAAAAAGAUCCUAUAUAAAUAA